AUGUCUGGUGUGAGUUUGCUAAGAAAACAAAAACAGAGGAGGAGAGCGGCAGGAGGAGCAGAGCCCACAGUCUACCCGAGUGCUUCUGCGCUGCGCUCUUGGAGAAAUGCGCUUUGGAUAAAGGGUAGCGCGCGCGCACCACCUGCGCGUACUGUAUUUCUCCGGGUACAGUAUCUCAGAGCUGCCUCAGUUCCCAUACCUCUGGCUGUUAGAUGUCCCUUUAGCUCAAUUCUUUCAUCUAUGAAUUUGUCAACUAACCAAAGCGACCUAUUUGGUCGCAACGAGGAGGUGGCCAAGCUGGAGAUCACGGCCCUGAGCGUGAUCUUCGUCGUGGCCGUCGCGGGCAACCUCAGCGUCCUGGCAGCGAUGUGCAAGUCGAAGAAGAAGCCGUCACGGGUGCACCUUUUUAUCAAGCACCUGAGCCUGGCGGACCUGGUGGUAGCCUUUUUCCAAGUGUUGCCCCAGCUCUGCUGGGAGAUCACGUUCCGAUUUUACGGUCCAGACUUCCUGUGUCGCAUCGUGAAGCACCUCCAGGUGCUGGGCAUGUUUGCGUCCACGUACAUGAUGGUGAUGAUGACGGUGGACCGCUAUAUGGCCAUAUGCCACCCACUGAAGACCCUGCAGCAGCCCACGCGCCGCUCCUACGCCAUGAUCUGCAGCACGUGGCUGGGCAGCCUUGCACUCAGCAGCCCGCAGUACUUUAUCUUCUCGCUCAGUGAGAUCCGCAACGGUUCUCAAGUCUACGAUUGCUGGGCCCACUUCAUCGAGCCGUGGGGCACGCGCGCCUACAUCACCUGGAUUACAGUGGGCAUCUUCCUUGUACCUGUAGUCGUACUGAUCAUAUGUUACAGCUUCAUCUGCCGCAGCAUCUGGAGGAACAUCAGGUGCAAGACAAGAAACAGGGCGUGCAAAAACGGGCUGAUAGGGAGCCGCUCGGUGAGCAGUGUGACCACUAUAUCUAGAGCCAAACUCAGGACAGUCAAAAUGACAUUUGUCAUCGUGUUGGCUUACACAGUGUGCUGGGCGCCGUUUUUCAUCGUGCAGAUGUGGUCGGUUUGGGAUAAGAACUUCCUUUGGGCCGAUUCCGAGAACACAGCAGUGACUCUGUCAGCCUUGCUGGCGAGCUUGAAUAGCUGCUGUAACCCUUGGAUCUAUAUGAUCUUCAGUGGUCACCUCAUUCAAGAAUUCACACCGUGCUUCCCCUGCUGUCAGAAAAUACCCCGCAGUGACAAGAAGGAGGAUUCAGACAGCAGCUUACGGAAGCAGACUGAACUCAGCAAGAUCCCCAAUCGAGGCUCCUUAUGUGGUUCAAAAGAGCUUGUGCAUUCGUCUAAAUCUACUCGGCGUGGAACGUGAUGCUUUAAAAAGUCACAUGUUCACAAAAAAUGCUGCUGGGAACUGGAUUGUUUUUGUGUAGACUACUCCUGUUUUCAAGCAUAGAGAAUGCAAAAUAGUCAUAAUUAACCAAUCACAAAAGCUCUAAUGAGUCUAUACAGCCAGUUUCAUGCCAUGGACAAGCUAUACACCUGAAACACAUUCAAUAAAUGCACAGUUGGAAUACAUGUUUCUUGCUUUUAGAUAAUUGUAAAAUUAUGCAGCAGUGGAAAACAAUAGUGUUAGUUAACAUUACUCUGUAAACCUGGUCUUUUUUUUUUAUUACACAGUUAAACACAUCACUUCUUGAGCCUUUUGUGUCACUAAUGAUUGUGUUUCAGUUGCUUAUACAGAAAACAUGGUGUUAAUUGUUAUAUUUGCCCUCUGCUGCCAUAAAUGUGGAUACCAAAUGGACAAAAGUUUAUCCAUAUAGUGUUCAUUGAAGAUUUGUGGGUUUUUUUAGUCCUUAUUCACUGUUAUAAUAACCUCUUCUUGGAAGAUGUUUCACUAGAUUUUUGAGUGUGUUUGAGGAGAUUUGUGCUCAUACAACCACAAGGCUUAAUUCAGGUAUUUCACCCAUUUUUGAAAGUCAGAUCCUAGGGUGAGGAGGCAUGAGGUGCGGUCAGAAUUCCAAUUCACCCCAAAGGUGUUUAGUGCGAUUGAGGUCAAAACUCUACAGUAGGCUCCUCAAGAACUUCCUCUCCAACUAUCCAAACAAUAUCUUCAUUAAGCUCACUGUAAGAUUUGAGUCUCCCAGUACAAGUAAAGGAAAAAAUUAAUGCUACUGCAUCCAAGGACAUCCUGUUUGUUCCUUGCAGGAAAAAAAUCACCACAUUUCUGUCUGUUUCACUUUUGCUCCAAUCCUCAUUUCCUAAUUAAUGCAUGAUUAUUUUUGAACUGCACAACUAAUUGUCCUAGCAAACUUUUAUUACCAAGUAUCACAUAUAUCCAAUUUUCAACUUUCUGGUCAUCUUACAUAAAAAAUAAGAUUGUGUUUGUGUUAGCAAGCUCUUCAUAUAUCAUCCUACAUUUGAGGUUAGAGCUUUAUUGUGUUGUUAAAGCCGUUGUUGCUGUACAGUCCGAAUUCAAAUAAAAAAUGGAAUGUUAUUUUUCGUCGACGUUUGUAUAAAAGGCGUUAUUAAAAGUGUAAUAUUUCUCACAUCAAGUAGAACAAUUUAAAAUAAAUAACGCUAGACGAAGUGAUGUUUAUACAAUGUCUGUUGCCUAAGCAUUAUCUGUUGCACCACUCCCCAUGCUUAUUCAUGUUUCUAUUUGCA